AUGAAAACAAAUAUCAGCGAUAAUUAACCUAAAGUUAACUCAGUAUUUUAAGUAGUUUUGAUGAAUGUAAAUAUUUAACUAGGAGCCUUAAAUAUUGGGUAUGUUCUCUCUUAUUUAACACUCACAAUUGACACCCUUUUUGAAAAUUUGUAUAUUUUUUAAUUUAAAAACUUAGAGGCAUAUCAAAUGAAGAAAGAACGAGUUCUUUAAGUUUAAUAAAUGGAAUUUUACCCUUAGGAUGUGUAUUGGGAGUAAUUAUUGGAUAUUUUCUCAAAAAAAAAUUUACUAACAAAUAAUGCAUUCAUAUUGCAGAUUUAAUCGGAUUAUCAAGUCUUUUAGCAGUCAUAACUAACACAAAUGUUAUAAUUACGUUUCGUUUUUUUCUUGGAGUAGCAAAUGGCAUUUCUAGUCUAAUAAUGCCUGUUUAUGUGAAAUCUCUAUGUCCUGAAAAAUAUUAUUACUAAAUUAGUAUGAUUUUAGGAUAUGGAGUGAAUACAGGUUUAGCAAUAGGAUAAUUAAUGGGAAUUGGAUAUAUUAAGUAGAACUAAUUAAAUAAAAUAGAUAUCAUGGCGAAACCUCUAACUGGUGGAGGAUUGUGUUCUUGUUUCCAGCAGUAAUAUUUAUUAUUAGAUCCACUGUGAUUUAUUGCUUUUACAAUUAUGAUAGCCCAGAAUAAUUAUUGUAAAAAAAUGAUAUAGAAAAAGCAAAAUUUGUAAUAUUAAAUUUUAAUCAAAAAGAUUCUCAGUAAAAUAUACUAGAAAGAAUAUGUAGAAGGCUAAUUAGAUAGAUACAGAUAAAUAGCAUAAAAUGAAUAGUUGAAAACCUAAAAAUCUUUUUUACAUAUAUUCUAAAAAAAGAACUUAAUUGGAUUACAAGUUGGUGUAAUAUCUGUAAUUAUUUAUAUAAAAAUAGAUGUUUGUAUAAAUCUGGUGCGGUUCUUUUGCAGUUUUUUAUUAUAGUGCUUAGAUUUUUGAAGAGUUAUCAGGAGGAGAAUUAAUGUUAAAAACAAUUUAUACAAUAUGUAUUGGUCUAUUUAGCGCAGUAGCUUAAUUUACAACAAUCCCAAUGUUGCCAAAAUUAGGCCAAAAGUACAUUUUGAGUAUUAUUACUUAUAUUAAAUAGUUAUUGGAUCCUUUUUGAUGGGGGCUAUUAAUAUUACAAUAGCAAUUUUAUCAAACUUUAAGAGUGAUACUGUACUUUUUUUGAUUUUCGUCUUUUUGGUGAUAUUAAUUAUGGUUUUUGCAGCUACCUUAAGUCCAGUUUGUUGGGUAAUUAAAAAAUAGUAAUUUUAGGGGAUUGUGCCUUAAUUGAAUGAUAGUGAUGGAACUUUCUUUGCAAUGGAUUUGAGAUGGAUAUUUUAAGCAAUUUUAAUAUUUUCUUUUCCAUAUAUUGUUUAAGAUGUAAAUAUAUCAGGAGCAUUUUAUAUUUUUGGAUCUGUAGAUUUAUUUUAUACAAUUUAUUGUGGGUUUUUUAUUCUUGAUAGUCGAGGAAAAACAGCUGCUUAAAUAUUAGAAAUGUAUUAUGAUAAGUAUUCAAAAUUUUUGGUUCUACCUUAAACAGAAAACAAUUAAUGA